AUGGGGCGGCAGGACCUCCCGCGCACUGACGGGCCCCCGCCGAUGCUCCCGUGGCCGCUGGCCCUCCUGGCCCUGAGUGCAUGCUGUCGCUGGGGGGUGGCCAGUGGGGCGGGUGGCACCGUGCCCCAGCAGCAUGCUGCUCCCGCAACCCCUUCCUCCUCCUCCUCAUCCUCCUCUUCUGCCGGCCGAGCACCCCUCGACUGGCUCCUAACCGACCGGGGACCGUUCUACCGAGCCCAGGAGUACGUGGACUUCAUGGAGCGCUACCGGCAAGGUUUCACCACCAGGUACAGGAUCUACAGAGAGUUUGCUCGCUGGAAGGUGAAUAAUUUGGCCUUGGAGAGGAAAGACUUCUUCAGCCUGCCCCUUCCCCUGGCCCCCGAAUUCAUCCGCAACAUCCGUCUGCUGGGACGCCGGCCCAGCCCCCAGCAGAUCACUGACAGCAUCAUCAAGAAGUAUGGGACCCAUUUCUUGCUCGCCGCCACGCUGGGAGGAGAAGAGUCCCUGACCAUCUUUGUGGACAAGCGCAAACUGAGCCGGAGGGCAGAGUCAGCAGGGGGCACUGGGAACAGCUCAGGGGUCUCGCUGGAGACCCUGCACCAGCUGGCAGCCUCCUACUUCAUUGACCGGGAGAGCACACUGCGCCGGCUCCACCACAUCCAGAUCGCCACAGCUGCCAUCAAGGUGACCGAAACACGGACAGGGCCACUCGGCUGCAGCAACUAUGACAACCUGGACUCGGUGAGCUCCGUCCUGGUGCAAAGCCCCGAGAACAAAGUACAGCUCCAAGGGCUGCAGACAGUGCUCCCAUCCUACCUACGAGAGAGGUUCGUGGCGGCCGCCCUCAGCUACAUCGCCUGCAGCUCGACCGGGGAGCUGGUGUGCCGCCGGAGCGACUGCCGCUGCCAGUGCCAGCCUGCCUUCCCCCGCUGCAAUUGCCCUGAGGCCGACAUCCAGGCGCUGGAGAACAGCCUGGCCCAGCUCCGGCGAGCCUGGGAAAGCCACCACAGCCAGUUCGAAGAGUCAGAGGAGUUUCAGGCCUUGGUGAAGAGGCUCCCUGUGGAUCGUUUCCUGAACAAGACAGCCAUCUCCCACUUCUGGGCCAUGGACCUGGAUGUUCAGCAUCGCUACCAGCAGCUGGGCACCAGCCUGAAGCUGCUCUCCAGGAAAACCCACCGGCUCAUCCGGCGGCUCUUCAACCUCAGCAAGCGCUGCUAUCGCCAGCCCCGCUUCAAACUGCCAAAGGAGAGGUCCCUCCCUUACUGGUGGAGCCGUGCACAGUCACUCCUGUACUGCAGCGAGACCACCGUGCCUGGGACCUUCCUGGAGGAAAGCCACAGUUGCACCUGUCCCUCCGACCAGCCCUCCUGCCAGGGGUCCAUUCCAUGUGCCUUGGGCGAGGGCCCAGCCUGUGCCAGCUGUGCCGAGGACAACAGCACCCGCUGCGGGACCUGCAACCACGGCUACGUGCUCACCCAGGGCUUCUGCCGCCCUGAAGUGGCUGACUCGCUGGAGCACUACCUGGGGCUGGAGACAGACCUGCAGGACUUGGAGCUCAAAUACCUCCUGCAGAAACGGGACAGCCGCAUCGAGGUGCACUCCAUCUUCAUCAGCAAUGACAUGCGCCUGGGGAGCUGGUUUGACCCCUCCUGGAGGAAACGCAUGCUCUUGACCCUGAAGAGCAACAAGUACAAGCCCGGGUUGGUUCACGUGAUGUUGGCCCUCUCUCUGCAGAUCUGCCUCACCAAGAACAGCACACUGGAGCCCGUCAUGGCCAUCUACGUCAACCCCUUUGGGGGAAGCCACUCGGAGAGCUGGUUCAUGCCUGUCAACGAGGGCAGCUUUCCAGACUGGGAAAGGACUAACGUAGAUGCCUCUGCCCAGUGCCAAAACUGGACACUCACCUUGGGCAACAAGUGGAAGACCUUCUUUGAAACAGUUCACGUCUACUUGCGGAGCCGCAUCAAGUCUCUAGAUGACAGUUCCAAUGAGACAAUCUAUUAUGAACCCUUGGAGAUGUCAGAUCCUUCCAAGAACCUGGGGUACAUGAAAAUAAACAGCUUGCAAGUCUUUGGCUACAGCUUACCCUUUGAACCGGACGCUAUUCGUGACCUGAUCCUUCAGCUGGACUAUCCCUAUACCCAAGGCUCCCAGGACUCAGCCAUGCUCCAGCUCUUGGAGAUCAGGGACCGGGUGAACAGGUUGUCACCCCCUGGCAAAAUCCGCCUCGACCUCUUCACUUGCUUGCUCCGCCACAGGCUCAAGCUGGCCAACAAUGAGGUGGCGAGGAUCCAGUCCUCCUUGAGGGCCUUCAACGCCAAGCUGCCCAACGCGGUAGAGCAAGAGACAGGCAAGCUGUGCAGCUAA